CACAGCCUGCCUCGGACACCAGCAAAGCUCUCUGCCUCCCCUCUGCCUGCUCCUGGCAAACCAUCGGAACCAAAGCUUACCAGUCAGCAGCAUGGCUACCAAAUGUGGCAAGUGCGGCCCCGGCUACCCUACCCCCUUGGAGGCCAUGAAAGGUCCCCGGGAGGAGAUUGUCUACUUGCCCUGUAUUUACCGAAACACGAACAUUGAGGCCCCGGAUUAUCUGGCCACUGUUGAUGUUGACCCCAAGUCUCCCCAGUAUUGCCAGGUCAUCCACCGGCUGCCCAUGCCCUACCUGAAGGACGAGCUUCAUCACUCAGGAUGGAACACCUGCAGCAGCUGCUUUGGGGACAGCACCAAAUCCCGAACCAAGCUAAUGCUGCCCAGUCUCAUCUCCUCCCGUAUCUAUGUGGUGGAUGUGGGCUCUGAGCCCCGGGCCCCAAAGCUGCAUAAGGUCAUCGAGCCCCAGGAGGUCCACACCAAGUGCAACCUGGGCUACCUCCACACCAGCCACUGCCUGGCCAGUGGGGAGGUCAUGAUCAGCUCCCUGGGAGAUCCCAAGGGCAAUGGAAAAGGGGGUUUUGUGCUGCUGGAUGGGGAGACCUUUGAGGUAAAGGGGACAUGGGAGCGGCCUGGGGGAUCUGCCCCGAUGGGCUAUGACUUCUGGUACCAGCCUCGACACAAUGUUAUGAUCAGCACCGAAUGGGCGCCUCCCAAUGUCUUCAAAGAUGGUUUCAACCCUGCAAAUGUGGAGGCAGGGCUGUACGGAAGCCACAUACACGUGUGGGACUGGCAGCGCCACGAGAUCAUACAGACCCUGCCUCUGAAGGAUGGGCUCAUUCCCCUGGAGAUCCGCUUCCUGCACGACCCAGCUGCUGACCAGGGAUUUGUGGGCUGUGCCCUUAGUUCCAACAUCCAGCGCUUCUUCAAGAAUGAGGGAGGCACUUGGUCAGUGGAGAAGGUGAUCCAGGUCCCCCCAAAGAAAGUCAAGGGCUGGAUGCUGCCUGAAAUGCCAGGCCUGAUCACUGACAUCCUGCUGUCCCUGGACGACCGCUUCCUCUACUUCAGCAACUGGCUGCACGGGGACCUGCGGCAGUAUGACGUCUCGGACCCUCAGAAGCCCCGCCUCGCUGGACAGAUCUUCCUUGGGGGCAGCAUCGUGAAGGGAGGCCCCGUGCAAGUGCUGGAGGACCCGGAGCUCCAGUGCCAGCCGGAGCCCCUGGUGGUCAAGGGAAAACGGGUGGCCGGAGGCCCUCAGAUGAUCCAGCUUAGCCUAGAUGGGAAACGUCUGUACGUCACCACGUCUCUGUACAGUGGCUGGGACAAGCAGUUUUACCCUGAUCUUAUCAGGGAGGGCUCUGUGAUGCUGCAAAUCGAUGUAGACACUGAAAAGGGGGGGCUGAAGUUGAACCCCAACUUCCUGGUAGACUUUGGGAAGGAGCCCCUUGGGCCAGCCCUAGCCCAUGAGCUCCGCUACCCAGGAGGUGACUGCAGCUCUGACAUCUGGAUCUGAAGUCCAGCCCUCGAGCCCCUCCUGCCACCUUCUGAGCCCUCCCUUGAGAGGGACUUGGCUUCUGCCCCUUGGCAGUUUGUCCUGCCAAAGCCGCGCUGAGACUGUUGAAACACAUGGAACGGCAUCUCUGUUGCUGGUUACUCCUGUGCUGUUUUACAUGAGCCCCCAAAGCACCAAGAAAUAAACGGAUGAACCUGUUCUCA